UCAAAUCAAUCUCAGGAACUCCAGCUUUGCUUUUGUGUUAAGAUGCUUGCUUUCUUGGCUAUCGUAUUUGCUGUCCUGGCUGCCAGAGCUUCGGCUGAACCCAAUUAUGAACCCUAUAAACAGGAGGAGCAGUACGCGCCGAUUCCGUACCAAUUUGCGUACAAGUCGGAGUCCAAUGGAGGGUCCCACAGUCACGAGGAGACUUCUGACGGCAACGGCCGCCUCCAGGGUUCGUAUUCGCUCAACCUCGCUGAUGGACGCCAAAGGACAGUGACUUACUGGGCAGACGAAACCGGUUUCCACGCCGAUGUUAACACUAACGAGCUUGGUACCGAGUCCAAGGACGCUGCUGACUCAAAAUACUCGUCUUCGGCUAUUACCGGUGAGCAAGCUGCUGUGCAGUACGGUGCUGCUGCCCCGGUUGCCCCGUACGGUCCUCUCGGGCUGGUUGCCCAGUACACUUCUGCUGCCCCGGCUGCCCAGUACAGUUCUGCCGCCCCGGCUGCCCAGUAUGGUCCUGCCACUCCAUCUGCCCAGCACGGUCCUCCCGCCCCAGCUGCCCAGCACGCUCCUGCCACGCCGGCUGCCCAGUACGGUGCUGCCGCCCCGACUGUCGAGCAAGUAAAGGUUUACCAGGCGCCAGCUUCCAUCGUCAACGUGACUGCCCCUGUUUCUGCUGUUGCCAAGACCUAUUCCACAGCUUCCGCUGUCAAGACCUCGCCCACUGUCAAGAGCUAUGAAACCGCCCCCGUUGUCAACACCUAUGAAACCAACCCUGUUGUGAAGAACUAUGAAACCGCCCCCGCUAUCAAUGCCUAUGGAACUGGUUCCAUUGUUAAAACUUAUGCCACUGCUCCAGUUGUCAAGACAUACGCCCAUGCAGAACCGGUCACCGUGGUGAGAACCGCUUUAGCCCCUACCGUUAUCAAGAAGUUCCAGACGGCCCCCAUCCAGUACGAGCAGGCCCCGGUCGAUUAUGUCCAUGCUACCUCCAUUGGCUACACGAAUCAGGCCCCUGCUAGCUACGCCGUAUAUGGUGACUAUCAGGAAGUCAUCAAAAAAUCUUAGGAAACGACGUAAAAAAGAAAUGAGACAAUCGGUUGUAGGAAAUUAAGUUUUUGAAUUUAGACAAAACAUGCGGCGAACAAAGCGAUGCUUUUGUUUGUACCGUUUGUUCGAAAAUCGAAGACAAUUAAUCGAGCGAGUAAUUUACGAAAUAAAUAGACUGUUGUUUCAUGAACUACAA